AUGUCAGAACUCCAUCAGCCCUUAGGGCCCUACAAGCUUGUAUCCGUCAACACAGCACCAGACAGAGCUCGACGAAUGAUAGCCAAACUGUGCGAUGAUGUCAAAGACAAGUACACCAUUCUUCAUGAAGCGAAUGCAGAGCGAAUCGAAGACGUCUAUGAUAUUGUGCAAAGGGUACAGCCUGAUUUGUUGCUCACUAGGUUACAAUUGUCUAAGUUCUGCGCCUCCAUGUGGACUGAAGAAGAAAGUAAACAGAUCCAGCAGAUAGCACGAGAUAUUGUGCCAAAUGUGCGAACCUAUGCUGUGCCUCAUGGGAUGCAAGUGGCAAUCGGUCCCGACGCGACGGUGGAGCACGUAAAAUCAAAGCUCGUCGAAAUUCUAAGUCAAGAGAAGUGA